AUGGGCGUCUUGGAAGGAAAGGUCGUUAUCGUCACGGGAAGUGCGUCCGGCAUUGGCUUGGCUACUACACAAGCUGCCGUCAAAGAAGGAGCUCGGGUCCUAGCGGUAGACGUUUCCUCUCGACCGUCAUCGCUUGAAAGCAACCCCAAUCUCGAAUUCCUGCAAUGCGACUUGACGGGUGCAUCUGCUGCUGCUGAAAUUACAUGCAGAUGCUUGGAAGCAUUCGGUGGCGUCAAUGUUCUUGUCAAUGUUGCGGGUGUUAUAGACCAUUGCAGUAGCGUGGAUACUCUCACGGACGAUAUGUGGGAACGAUGCAUGGCAAUCAACCUCACCGCACCCGUCAGGCUAAUGAGGGAGGUUCUUCCGAUUAUGAAGGAACAGAAAGGUGGAAGUAUAGUCAAUAUCUCCAGCAAGGCAGGCUCUAGUGGUGCUGUUUCGGGAGUCGCCUAUACAGCUAGCAAACAUGCGCUCCAAGGAGUAACUAAGAAUGUGGCUUGGAGGUUCAAGGCAGAUAACAUUCGCUGUAACGCGAUUUGCCCUGGAGGGGUCACUUCAGCUAUUUCAAGCAGCGUUGAUAAUUCUGCCAUUGAUUUUGCAGCGGUUCAAACCAUGCUACCGAUCAUUGAUUCCGUGAAAGUGCACCGACCGGAUUUCGAACUUGUUCGAGCGGAGGAUGUCGCUAAUGCCAUCAUUUUUCUUAGUUCUGACAAUAGUUUAAGAAUCAGUGGAGCGAUGCUUCCUAUUGAUGAUGGAUGGUCGACUAUCUGA